GUAGUCGCUUUACUAUUAUUUUGGCCCAUGGACGAUAAGUGGCUGUAGCCCUGCUCACCUCGACAUAUACGGAUUACUUCCUCGAUUACCUGUGUUCAAGAGCUGGUCCAGUCCACCACCAAUCGUACCUUCCAACACGACGAACAUCAGGAGUCGCAAUGUCGCGCACAACGGGUCUGGCCCCGGCAGCGCUGCUGCUCCUUGCCGGCUCCCUCCUCCUCCUGUGGUUCGUGAUCCUCUCGGGCGUCACGGACACCUCGCCCCUCCGCCAGACCUACUUCCUCCGCGCCGAUACCUCGGGCAUCCAAGGCGCCCGGCCCGUCACGCAGUGGACCUACUUCAAGACCUGCGGCGAGGGCAACACCGACUGCGGUCCCGCCCGCCCGGGCCUCCCGCUCGGCGACGCCUGGGCGAGCAACGCCCGCGGCGCUCCGUCCGACCUCAUUGGCCGCUACGGAAACGACACGACUAGCUACUACUACUGGUACAUGUGGCGCUUCGGAUGGGUCUUCUUCCUCAUCGCCCUAUUCUUCGAGGUCCUGGCCUUCUUCUCCGGAUUCCUCGCCCUGUGCAGCAGGCUGGGCUCGACCUUGGCCUGCCUGAUCUCGCUCGUCGCUCUGUUCUUCUUGUCGAUUGCCGUCUCUCUGAUGACGGCUACCUUUGUCAAGAUGCGCAACGUCUUCACCAGUGAGGGCCGCAGCGCGUCGCUGGGCAGGUGGGCGUUCGGCUUCAGCUGGGGCUCCUGGGCCGCCCUGUUCAUCAGCACCAUCCUCUUCUGCCUCUCCCGGCAUAAGCGCAGAGACACGACGACCGCCGCACCCGCGACCACCGGCACCACUCGUCGGGGCUGGCCCUUCGGCCGGCGCACCGCCAGCCGGAAGUCGUACGAGGGGCGCCGGGUGAAGGACGAGUAUGCGUGAGAAUGAAGAGAACAAGUUUCUAUCGAUCGGUUCAAGACAAAUAGGAGAUGUGCAACGAUUAUGCGAUGAGGCGAACAGGCUGAUAGAUCACUAAGGGGUGAGAUGAUAAUGAUGCUGACGACGACGACGACGACGAAGUUGUUGUUGUUGUUG